AGUAAAGCAGUUUUGAAUGCAUCACGAAAUAAACCUAAUCUAAAUCAUUGGCUAGAAUCAAUUUGUCCAAAUUUUAAUGCUUUAGAAACUAUGGUUAAAGAUAUUAGAAAACUUGAAAAUCAAACAACACUCCUCGCAUUUGGGAAGAUUUAA